UGUGGUACCAUUCUGUCUCUGCACUGCCACUGCAUAUCAUUUGGAUAAAAAAAAGGCCAGGCAAAUCUUUUGCAAAGGGUAAUGAGUUUGCUGCCGGUAAUAGGGAGAGAUCUCUGCAGACAGAGCUUGCCUGCACUUCACUCUGCUCAGCACAUUACAUCCAUCAGGAGCAGGCAGGAUGCAGGGAGAGGUGUGGAUCUUUGAAGAAGCACAGUGCACAGCCUUGAACAGGGGAACCCUCGAGCUCGCCUCGACAAUGAGCAAUGAGUUACCUGGAUGGAAAUACCGAACAGAAAACACGACCGACGUUCCUAAGGACCCCGGGAAGCAGGAUGGCUAUGUCUUAUUGCUCGUCCUGUUGUCCAUCUUCAUCGGGGGGAUGGUGGUCCUGCUGUCAGGCCUGCUGAUUAUCUGCCGUCACUGCUGCAAGGGGGGCCGUAGGUACUCCAGGGCCAGUGAUGAUCCUGAGAAAACAAACACCACCUACCUGGAGGACUCCCAGCCAGCACAGGAUAUCACCAUCAGAGUGGACGAGUCCGACUGCCUGUCCUCCUCCAGUUACCAUGACAUCGAGACUGACCGCUUCCUGUCCACGUGUUCCAUGGGUCGUCGCGUGUCCUUCAAUGAGGCGGCUCUCUUCAACCACAGCAAAAAGACGGAGGAGAAGGGCCGCAGGUACACCCUGACCGAGGGCGAUUUCCACCACCUGAAGAAUGCGCGUCUGAUCCACCUCAACAUCCCGCCGCCCGCGCUCAAGAUCGUCACCAUCCACGAGUGCGAGUCCAGCGAGAACAACAGCAUCGCCAUGGCGGCGCGGCCAGCUUCCAAAUCCAGCCUUUCCAUAUUCCAGCCCCCGAUGUGUGCGCUGCCCCAGACGGCUCUGACCAGCCUCUCUCUCAGCUCCAGCUCGGCGCUGCCAGGUGACACCUUCAACUCCACUGUGGACACCAGCUUCAUGGAGAGCGUCCCAGUGCCCCGGAGUGAGCAGACAGCAGGCAGCACGAUGGAUGUUUUCCGAGGCAGUGCUCGGAAUGGCGGCAGUCCGGUGAGCUCCGUGGCCGGGUCAGCAGCGGUGACAGUGGAAGGGGCUGGCACUGCGGACUCCGCACUCCCCUCCUCUUCUUCGGCAGGCACUGGUGGUGGGCAGGGUACUGUGCUGCAGUUCUUUACCAAGCUGCACCGCCACGCCAGCCUGGAGAGAGCCAGCCCCUACUUCAAGGUCAAGAAGUGGAAGCUUGACGGCAACCAGAGAGCUUCCAGCCUCGACACCAGAGGAUCUCCAAGGAGACGUCAGUUCCAGCGGCAGAGGGCCGCGAGCGAGAACAUGGACCAGCAGGAACGGGAUGCGCACCACAUCGAUAUCAUCCAGUACAUCGCCCGCAACGACGACGUGGCAUUCUGCCCCACCCCAGCCUCUACCUUCCUGCCACCACCCUCCCUCGGCAGGUUAGAGGCAGCAGAGGCGGAGGUGGAGGUGGUGGCAGGCAGCAGUGGAGGAGUCACACUGCCCCCAGAGGAAGGCGAGAGUAGCUGCGGGCAGGAGAGCUCAGAGCAUCACACCCUCUACAGGGAUAUCUGGAACCUGCGGGCCUCGCUGGAACAGUACGCCUCAUCGGACCAGAGCAGCAACGACAAGGACUCUGUGCGCAGCGAAACGGAGAGCGUGUGCUCGCUGGGAGGGGGGGAGAGGGGCCCAGGGUUGCUGCCCAGCUACCCGUCUCAGGACAUCGGAGACGAGCUGGAGGGGGAAGCCGAGCGGCCAGGCGGCGGGGUGUUCGGAAAAGAGGGGUCCGCCACGGGCAAGGCCAAGCAGGGCAGCGUGGACUCGGAGCGGAGCAGCGACGGGGAAUCGGGGAACCGCAAGCUCCUGCAGAUGGACAGUGGCUACGCCUCCAUCGAGGCCCCCUCCCGCCCCCCGGAGGAACUCCGGCUCUUUGGGGCGGCCGGGGGCACCAGGGAGAAAACGGCGUCUGAAAAGAGGCGCUUCUUCACCAGCUCUGGCCGCAAGGGCACCGUGUGCGAGAGCGUCGAGGAGCACCUCUUCGAUGAGGAGCUGGAAGGGGCUAGCCUAGAAGUGGAAAGCCCGGUGGGGUGGUCUCCAUACGGGGAGAUGUUCCAGGAACACCCCCCUCACCACCUGGUCCUCCGCCAGCGGGACUACAGCAUCGACGAGAAGACAGACGCCCUCUUCCACGAGUUCCUGCGCCACGACCCCCAGUUCGACCACCCCGAGUCCCCCCUGCGUUCGAAGCACCGCUCUCGGGUGCACCUGCGCAAGCAGUGGCAGCGGACCAAGCAGUACAGCGACCCUGGGGUGCGCUUCCCCCCCUCCUUUGAGAGGCACCGCACCCCCCUGCGGAGGGGGGACAGCGUCAACUACCCGCUGGACACCCGCUACCACAGCACCCUGCCGCGGAUAGUCAGCACAGCCGACGAGGAGUCCAGCGACGGGGCAGCCAGCGCCGAGCCGGCAAAGACUGCUGCGCUGGAGGAGAAAACCAGCCCCAGCGGCAGCCGGACAAUCAAGGAAGAGGAAGAGUCCCUUCUUCUCAGUCCUCCUCUAUCUCCUGGUGUGAUAUCGGAGCACCCUGAGCUUCCCAAAGACUCGAAUCAGGCUCCCGUCAGCGCUGGUGGAAACAGAGGCAGCGGGGGCAGUCACUUCCACAGCCCCUUUUCAGAGCCCCCCCCGGAGGACCGUCCUCCUUCACCGCUUCAGCCCCCCGGCACGGGCUACGGGCCCCAGACCAUCUCAGCCGAGCUGACGGACAAACUCAGCGCGAGCCUGGAUGACCGGUUCUACACCAGCCUCCGACGGGCCAAAGAGAGUCCCGACUGUGUGGUGACCAUCACUCACGCCUCUCCUGACCACAGCCCAGUGUAGCGUGCUUCCUCCUGCUUCCUGCUUUAUUUAUUUAUUUAUUCAUUUAUUUUUAAUAAUCCCCGUGGACGGUGUGCUUGGGAGGGUUUAGUUUAUGGAGACAAAAAAAAAAAAAAAAUUCAGACAACCAUUGUGUCUAAAAAGCCCUUCCUCCUCAAAGAAUACCAAACAGGGUUUGAUCCGCACGGCCGGCGGGAUGAAGUAACACUGAAAAGAAACUAGACAGCAUCAGACAGAAAGAUCUUUUUAGCGUUCCUGGGAACACUGGUAAUUACUAACGGUUUGGCAGAAUGUUAAAAAGAGAAUUUUUAAAAUUUCUCUUAAAGGGAAAGCCAAAUACGAUUUAUUAUUGGCCCAUCAUCGGGGUCUAGGUUAAAAGGGUUUAGGAAACACCGGUCUAAAGGGGUCAUUACAAGGUGGAAUAUGCGUGUUUUAAAUAGGGAAGGGACUUGCCGGUUAUUAUUAGAUUAUGUUUUAAAUUAAACGUCUUCAUUUAUCUUGAUGCGUCCUCCUUUUUGUAUAGUGUACAUAAAUCGCUGAGCAAAUGAAGUUUAAAAAAAAAAAACCUGUUCAUCUUGUUUUGCUAAGAAGAGCAGUUUUAAAACAAGUAACGGACGAUGUAACAUGCCUGGUAUGGAACCAUGUCUUAUUUCCAUGACAACAGCAGCUCUGUUGAUCAUUCUGGUGCCAAAAUCUGUCCCUGCUCCAGCCUCCGUCUCCCUUGCAGUGAAUUGUAUAUUUUUUACCUACCUGUACUGGUUAAAAUCGCGUUUACAAAAUAAACUUUGUGAGGAAUUCUCAAACUGCUCCGUCACUGUCGCUACGUAUCUGCGCGAGUGAGCGUCCCUUUGCAAUCCUCUGACACCUGAUGCAAAUGAAUUGCGGCAGUUUUUGGUUCCGUAUUGUUGAUCUGGGACCAACGCUAAUGCACACACCGACCAAGCAACCCUCACUCCUGCCCAGCCUGGCUCAUGAUUGCACAUGCCUUGAAUUGACGUGUGCUAUUUAGUUAGUUCAACUUCUUUUAAAUUGGUAAGGUUUGUACGUUUGCUGCUACUAGCUCUUACUUUAGUGUAAUCAUCAUCAUCAGCAGCAGCAGCUGAAAAAAAAAACCAACAGCCAUAACGCCUGUAAAUCGGCUCUCUUUUGGAGAUGUGAUUCCAGUUGUAGUUCAAGAGAGAGACAGGGAGAGAGAGAGGGAUUGGAGACACACCGCUGGCUCAGCCAAGAACGUUGCAACUACUAUAGCAAUGAGACCAGCAUUAAACAGUUUAAUAUUAGUCAGGAGACAUGCUCGUCACUAGCAGCAUCUUCUUCUGAAUUCUGAUAGUUGGAUAAUCUUCCUCGGGACCAGUGAUUUGCAUAGUAGACCGUCCUAAAGCACAUGCUGCAGAAAAAACUUUCAAAGCCAUGCAGUGUCAGGCAACUGCUUUCUCAACUCAAAAGCGAUAUCGUGUUGUUGCUUGAACUCUUUGCAUGAGGGUUAAUUAAAAGAAAAAAAAAAAAAACAGCCCCACAUUUCUGAUCAAAAAAGUAGCUUUGCCAAGGUCUUUUCAAGGCUGUACAAUCAGACAGCUUUCAGGCAAGCUGUCCAGCAGUCUUUCUGCAGCUUGGUGAAAACCAUAUUUGAAAUGACCCCCUUCAGUUAACACUUCACACACAGCAAACGUUGCAAAGAAGCAAUCUGCUUUCCAGCACACUUCCUUUCCUUCUCUAGCACUACAACAGCUGUGUAAAAAAAAAAAAAGAGAAAGACAAAAACAAAGGACCCCCGGAGCAGUUAGAAACGCUUUCUUCCUCGCAUGGGUGGGCGUACCAAAUGAGAGAAGGGGUACCUCUUAAUAUGAGCACAAGUUAUCGUGCCAAGUCAGUCAGUUGGUUAGCAUAGGAUCAUUCUGUGUAUGUGCAAUUAGCACAUAAUAACCCUUCAGGUACACAAGGAAUUGAGCGAUUAUUGAAACGGUUUCUUCCUUAAAUACAUCUGAGAACGAUUCAAGUAUCACGAGGAGGAAGCUGACACAUUGCAACGCUAGUAAGGUUGGCUUCCUUUAUUUGUAGGGCACACCUGUCCCUCGUACCUUAAAGGGUUAAUAUGUUAGGUUGUUUUUUUUACUUAUACAAAAGUGUAAUAUUGCCAAGAUUGUAUUUUGAAUUGAAAGUAUUGCCUCUUAUUUUAAUUCUAUAUUCAAGAGGCUCAGUUUGUAUCUUUUAACAAAUUCUAAUAAAAUAGCAUUAUCCACUAGAGUAGCCAGUCAAGGCCAUUGUUAUGCAUAGUACCUGCAUGUCUGAAAACGUUUUUAACUGGAGAAUUCCUUGAAGACUGCAACCGUUAUUGAUGCAAAUUUCUUUUUUUAGACAAAGAGUAAAAAGAAAAAAAAACACAAAGCUAUUUUAGUAUUUUCUAAUUUAUUUAUUGGCCGACUAAUGGAUUUCAUGUCAAGUGUGUUUCCAUUUUUGAGAUCACUGGUGUACCGCUGCUUGUGAAGCUGAAUGCUUGUUUCCAGUGAAGUUUCAUUAAAUGAGCUGCACCUUC